AUGAAUUCAAGGAAGCCACCCGAGGGGUGGAGUAAAGUGGAAUCCUUUUUAGAUGAAAUGAACAAAAAAAUGCGCAGCUUGGAAAACGAAGAUACUUCUAAGAAAAGGAAAAGUGAAAUUUUGUGGCCCAUAUUUCAAAUAAACCACCAAACGUCUCGCUACAUAUACGAGUUGUACUACAAGCGGAAGGAAAUAUCAAGAGAACUGUACGACUACCUGGUGCAGGAAAAAUACGUCGACGGCGCGCUCAUAUCAAAGUGGAGAAAGCAGGGGUAUGAAAACCUUUGCUGCUUGAAGUGCAUCCAGGUAUCAGACAGCAACUUUAGCAACACCUGCAUCUGUAGAGUGCCCAAAAGUAAUUUGGGCGAUCGGGUUUUGCAGUGUGUGAAUUGUGGAUGCAGGGGGUGUUCCAGCGGAGAUAAAUGA